CAUGCGAAGAAGGCCUGGCAGGAAGGCCAAGUGCUCCUCAUCACCAACGCCGCCAUGCGCAUCUACCGCACAAAUGGAACCAUCCAGUACUCCCUUACCUCCCGCGCCCUCACCAGCAUCGUGGAGGCCAAGGAACCCCUGGCGUCCGAGUCCGCCAUCGGCAGCACCAGGUUUGCGUUCACGUGUGCCGGCCCGCAAGACAACAACUGCCCUGCUCACACCCUGACGGAGGCCAUCACCGCGGCGCUGCACCACCCACUCCGUCGUGUACAUGUUAGCGACUUGCGGGUGCAGCUUAAGGCCCUGCGCAAUGUGAACCACCCGUUUGCCUACCUGUGCACUGAGCCAAUCCCCCCAAGCAGCGCCCCUUGUGGCAAGUACCUCG